CCAAAGCAUCAACUAGACAACAUACACCAAGCCUUGUGUGAUCGUCGGGAGGUUUCACAGCGAAGGUCUUCCACCUUCUUCCUUCCUGUGACAAAUGUUGAAGCCUGAGAUCAGCCUGAACAACGAGUGUUAGAGGUGCCAGGGUGAGGACGGGAAGGAGUGUCCGUUAGCCUUACCAGCUUUUGUCUCAUGAGAGUAACUGUGCCAUUCAGGCACUGCCAGUGACCAGGGCUGUGGCUGUGGUGGGCCCAGCCCAGGAGGCCUUUUCGUACAUCACUCCAGGCACUCGCUGACCUGUGCUGCUCACACCAUGGAUCAACCGAGAGAUAAGUAUGGCGAGCGACCCGCCAGGAGCACAAAAGUUUCCCAGGGCAGCCGCAGCGGACACUCGUCCCGACCGUCGGGCUCCUCUAGCUCCUCUGGGGUUCUCAUGGUGGGGCCAAAUUUUCGUGUGGGCAAGAAGAUCGGCUGUGGAAACUUUGGUGAAUUGAAGCUUGGUAAAAAUCUCUACACCAACGAGUAUGUAGCUAUUAAACUGGAACCAGUGAAGUCGAGGGCACCACAGUUGCAUUUAGAGUAUCGGUUCUACAAAACACUGGGAACUACAGCUGAAGGCGUCCCCCAGGUGUUUUACUUUGGGCCCUGUGGGAAAUACAACGCCAUGGUUCUGGAGCUGCUGGGCCCGAGUCUAGAGGACCUCUUUGACCUUUGCGACAGAACCUUUUCACUGAAGACUGUCUUAAUGAUAGCAAUUCAGUUGAUUUCUCGAAUGGAGUACGUGCACUCGAAAAACCUCAUCUAUAGAGAUGUUAAACCUGAAAACUUUCUCAUCGGACGGCAAGGGAACAAAAAGGAACACAUUAUCCACAUCAUUGACUUUGGCCUGGCCAAAGAGUACAUCGACCCCGAGACCAAAAAACACAUUCCAUACCGGGAGCAUAAGAGCUUGACCGGCACUGCCCGAUAUAUGUCCAUCAACACACAUUUGGGCAAAGAGCAAAGCCGGCGAGAUGACCUGGAGGCUUUAGGCCACAUGUUCAUGUAUUUCCUUCGAGGGAGUCUACCCUGGCAAGGACUAAAGGCUGACACGUUGAAAGAACGAUACCAGAAGAUCGGAGACACAAAACGAAACACUCCCAUCGAGGUCCUUUGUGAGAACUUCCCAGAGGAGAUGGCCACAUACCUGCGAUAUGUGAGACGGUUGGACUUCUUUGAAAAGCCUGAUUAUGAAUAUCUGAGGACUCUAUUCACUGAACUGUUUGAGCGAAAAGGAUACACCUUUGAUUACACUUAUGACUGGGUCGGCAGGCAGAUACCCACACCAGUGGGAUCUGUCCAUAUAGACUCCGGAGCGUCUGCUGUCACAAGAGAGAGUCAUCCUCACAGAGACCGGCCCUCACAGCACCAACCAAUAAGAAAUCAGACAGCGGUCUCUGAUCGACGAGGAGCAUGGGAGGUGCAGCCCACUCGCCAAGCAAACUCAUCCUAUCUGACCUCCCACCUGGCAGCGGACAGGCACGGGGGCUCAGUACAGGUGGUCAGUUCAACCAACGGGGAGCUGAACGCAGACGACCCUCUGGCAGCUCAUUCCAACGCUCCGAUUACAGCUCAGGCAGAGGUGGAAGUGGUCGACGAGGCCAAGUGCUGCUGUUUCUUCAAGCGAAAACGGAAGAAGAACACGCCGCGGCACAAAUGAUCGUCCACCAACCGGCCUGAAACGUUCCAAGUGUCCGGCUCAGUUGAUUGUGAUUUCAGAAAUCAGUACGGUCCCAUUCAGAGUAAAAGAGGGAGACAACUGAGAGAUCUUGAUUGCAUUGUUCUCUGGAGGGACCAAGUCAAAAUGGUUUGUUGAGAUGUACACGAUGCUUGUGUCUUUUUGAUGGGAGUCCCUUUUUUUUUUCUUUUUUUUUUUUGUUUCUUUCUUCCUCCAAUAUGUGUUGGAAUGUUUUGCAGGCCAGUCGGCCAAAAGGGGAACUUUUUUUGUUGGAAUUUUGCAGAGGAUAAUCUGGUUUUUGUCUUUUUUCCCUCUCCAAGAUGCAUUUGCCCGACAUUUUUCUCUCCUCAUUUUUGGCAUCUUUUUUUUUUCUUUUUUUUUUUUUUGCUCCCGUUUCCGUGGUAUUGCAAAGGAAGAGACACAUCUUCCUGUGGAAUCAUGUUGCAUACUAAGAUUUCAAGAUCAUCUUUUUUUUCAUUUUCGCCUCUGUGAAGUCCUACAUGAAAGUGGUUUUGCCCCCCUUUGUUGGUUUGCUUACUCAUUUUUGACACAAAGCCCUUUUGGUCAUUCCUGACGUGGGACUGAAUGUAAACCUGAACACACGGGGAGCCAAGAGUGUAAUUGCCUAAUAUUCACGAACAGGCACAAAGAGCAUCAGUCAGCCAUUUGGCCCCUGCACUUUUUUCCUCCAAAGAGGUCAACCCUGGCACUGGGACCCGGGCUCGAGAGAACAGAAGACCAGAGAUGCCUCCUGCACUGUGUUCUCUGAGGAUGAUUUCUGCUCACGCUGCUUGGUUAAAGCACUCCCCUUAACCACGCCGCUGUCAAAACACACUACAGUCUCUUUUUUGACUCUCAUGCAGUUUUUUGGUCCUGUUGGCUUUGUGAUGAGCGGCAACUUGACACUUGUAGUUGGGCUGAAAAAAAAAAAUGCUAUUUAUGCUAUUUAUCUCUUAGUUGCCACCAGUUUUUCUUACUAAUUCUACAUCAUACACACUGAAUGUAUGGACAGAAGUGUAAAUGACUCUGGAGCAUUUAUAUAAUCUGUCAUGCGCAUGGGAAGGAAACUGCAGUUUAAAACCAAGACCAAUGUUUAAAAAAGGAGAAAAAAAAAAAAAAAA